AUUGUUACUAUUUUUUUCAGUUUGUAGAAAUAAUAGAAGGGGGGCUGGAAGAUAACGAGUACGUGUCAUUACUGUCCUGGGUCCUCAACGUGUAUGGUGGGAAGGAGCUGAUGGGUUACCCGUCGCUUAACAUCAACGUGGUCAAGCUUGGACCGCUUCUGGAUAAUAAGACACUGGAAGAUCUUAUAUCCAAGUAUCUCGAGAAUGUAAAUAACAAUUAUGAUUCCUGGAUGAGUAAGGCUUUAGAAAUUGAGGAGAAAGAAUGGUAUCGUUCUGAACCCCCACAACAAGAUGCUGACUCACACUACAAGACAGAACUUCCACAACUAAUACAUGACAUGAUACGUCAAAACCUUGAUGUAGCUGCGACCAUCAGCUCAGAGGUGCAAGUUCAGGUGUUGAUAUCAAGCUUAGAACAAGUACGACUAUUUGCUAUAAAAUUUCAAGCUGCCGUGACUCGUUAUAGGACACUUACUACGCUGACAGAUCACAGGUAAAUCACCCCACCCUCUUACCC